AUGGUGGUCCAGAACCUCUUCGAAGCCAUCCGGAAGUCAUUCUGCAUGGCCUCACCGAACUCCUCUCACGCCCUGGUUUACUCUUUGGCGACCGCCGUAGCUGCGUUCCGCUUGGCCUGUAGACAUAGCAGGUGGAAGGACCUGGUACUGAGUGUGUCCAUCCUGAUGGCACUGGGCGGUUGCUGGUUCGCCUACAUCCAGAACAGGAAGUCCAAAGACGACUUGGGGAAGCUGGUGAAGGAUCUGGAGGGGUUGCAGAGGGCCGAGCAGAGCCUGCUGGACCUGCAGGAGAAGCUGCAGAGGGCUCAGGAGGAGCAGCGCUGCGUUCAGGUGGAGAAGGUGAAGGUGGAGGAGGAGCUGAGGAACGAGAUCAGCUCGGCCAAACAGGAAGCUCAGCGGCUCAGAGAGCUGCGGGAGGGAACCGAGAACGAGAGGAGCCGGCAGAAAUACGCCGAGGAGGAGCUCGAACAGGUUCGUACGGCGCUGAAGAAGGCGGAGAGGGAGCUGGAGUCGCGGCCUCACUGGGCUCCACCGGAGGCGCUGCAGAAGUGGCUGCAGCUGACGCACGAGGUGGAGGUUCAAUACUACAACAUCAAGAAACAGAGCGCAGAGAGGCAGCUGCUGCAGGCCAGGGAGGGGGCGGAGAAGAUUAAGAAGAAGCGGAGCUCUCUGUUUGGGACGUUUCAUGUGGCUCACAGCUCCUCGCUGGACGACGUCGACCACAAAAUCCUCUCUGCUAAACAGGCCCUGGCCGAGGUGACGGCGGCCCUGCGCGAGAAGCUCCACCGCUGGCAGCAGAUCGAGUGUCUGACGGGUUUCUGUCUGGUCAAUAACCCCGGACUGGGAGCGCUCGCCGCCGCUCUCAACCUCGACCCGUCCUUCCUCGGCCUGCGACCGCCGACCCCUCAGCACCUGCUCCUUUCCGAUGACCUCGACGACAUGGACGAGGACAUCUUGUCUCCUGGGACGCUGCAGUACGCAGCGUGGCAGAUGGACCGGCGAGUGAGCGACCUCUGGCCCCUGGGCGCCAUCGCAGACACCCAGUCACCAUGGAAACACUCCGGUUGGCCCCUCCCUCCUUCAGCCUCCCUCUCUCUGAUUGGUUCAUACCUCUGCGACUGACGAGCUCCUCCAAACUCUGUCAGGGUUCCCACAAUAAAAUACAGCGUUAAUCUCCAAAACAAAGUUAUAAUUAUGAAAUUAACUGCAAAAUAAAAUGAUAUAAUUUGAAAUAUUAAAAUAGACUUUUAUAAUAUUUUCUGAAAUACAAUCAUUAAAUGGGUUUGAUUUAUUUUAAAAACAUGGGAAAAAAGGAAUGAGGAACUUGGAAAGGAACA